AUGAUUGGUUUUACUGAUUUUAAAAUUUUGUCUUGGAAUAUUAGAGGUGCUCUCCAUGAGCAUGGGAAACUUGCUAUUAAAGAUUUUAUCCGUGGCAAGAGGCCUGAUGUGGUGAUCCUGUUGGAAACUAAAUGCUUGUUUUCCAGAGCUAAAAGGUUUUGGGAUUCUCUUGACUUUUCUCCUAUUGUCAUUGAGGAAGCCAAAGGCUUUAGUGGGGGAAUUUGGGUGCUAGCUCACAAAGGCACCAGUGUCAAUUUCAGAGUUGUGGACUCCCAACAACAAGUGGUGACCUUUGAGGUUUGGAAAGCAAACUUCUCUUGGUUAUGCAGUGCAGUGUAUGCUUCUCCAAUCCCUGUCCAAAGAGAAGUGUUGUGGGAGCAUAUGGUCCAGCUUCGGGGUACUACUCGUCUUCCUUGGCUUCUCCUGUGGGACUUCAAUGAAAUUCUUUUGCCAUCGGAGGUUCGGGGAGGGGAUUUUCUCCCAAACCGGGCUGAUACCUUUUCUGCUGUGCUGGACAACUGCAACCUGGUGGAUUUGGGUUCGGUGGCGCGUAAAUUCACUUGGUUCAGAAAAGUGAACAAUAGACUUAUCCUGUCCAAAAGAUUGGAUAGAGCAAUGGGUGAUGUGGAGUGGCGAUUGGCUUUCCCAGAUGCAUUUGUGGAGGUCCUUAACAGGGUUCAUUCGGAUCAUUGUCCUCUCCUUCUCCAUUGUGGUGUUUCCAAUUUGAACUUGCAAGACCGCCCCUUCCGCUUUCUUGCGGCCUGGGUCGAGCAUGAGCAAUUUGAAGCUGUGGUGGAAAACUCUUGGAGGCAAGGCGAGGAGAAUAUCCAAACCAAGCUUGGAAGAGUGAGGGACGCAUCCUUAGCUUUCAACAAGGAGGUCUUUGGAGACAUCUUCAGGAGGAAAAGGCACUUAGAGGGUCGUCUCAGAGGAGUUCAGAGGGAACUCGACUGGAGGGUCACUUAUGAUAUGGUGUUGUUUGAAGCUGAAUUGCAGCGUGACUACAGGAAUAUUCUCAAACAAGAAGAACUGUUGUGGUAUCAGAAGUCUAGAGAAAAUAGAGUAAGGUUGGGAGAUAGAAAUACUGCCUACUUUCACACUCAAACAAUCAUUCGGAGGAAGCGCAACUAUAUCCAUCAGUUGAAGCUGGAGGAUGGAGAAUGGUGCUCGGAUGUUGAUAUUCUAAAACAGGAGGUUCAAGGGUUCUUCACCACCUUGUUUGCCGCGACCUUGCCCCCUUUUACUCCGACGUUCUCUCAUAGUCAUUUCCCGGGCUUAUCGGUUGGAGCUAGAGCUUCUCUAGUUUCACCUGUCUCGAAGGCAGAAGUGAAGGAGGCGCUCAUGGCCAUGAAAUCUUACUCUGCUCCAGGUCCAGAUGGUUUCCAACCUCUCUUUUAUAAGAAGUAUUGGAGCCAUGUGGGUGAUGCCCUGUGGAAGCUAGUGAAAAAUGCUUUUCAGGAGGGAGUGGCUCCAGAGGAUAUCAUGGAAAUCCUGGUGGUUCUUAUCCCUAAGGUUGAUCAUCCAUCAACAGUCAAGGAGCUGCGUCCAAUUAGUCUUUGUAAUGUUACAUACAAAAUGAUCACCAAGGUGCUAGUUAACAGGUUGAGACCUUUUCUCCACUCUUUGAUUGGGCCUAUGCAAAAUAGCUUCAUUCCGGGGAGAGGCACAAUGGACAAUGCCUUGCUUGCUCAAGAGAUUAUCCACUUUAUGUCUAAAUCUACGGCAAAGAAGGGUUCUGUUGCAUUCAAAAUAGACUUGGAGAAGGCUUAUGAUAGUAUCUCCUGGUCGUUCUUGAAGGAAACUUUAGAGCUUUAUAGUUUCCCAGUGGAGAUGGUUUCCCUUAUCAUGCAUUGUGUCACCUCUUCCCAAAUUUCUAUUCUUUGGAAUGGCUCCCGACUUCCAAAGUUUAAACCAGGUCGAGGUCUGAGACAAGGGGACCCACUAUCGCCUUACUUAUUUGUGCUUUGUAUGGAGCGCCUUUCUGUUAUGAUACAAAGCUUGGUGGAUGAUGGUUCUUGGAAACCCAUUAAGCUUUCUAGAGAGGGACCUCCUAUCUCCCAUCUUUUCUUUGCAGAUGAUGUGCUGCUCUUCUGUCAGGCAACAACAAACCAAGUGGACUUGCUCGCUUCUGUCAUGAAGGCCUUUUGUGAUAACUCAGGGCUCAAAAUUAACAUGAGUAAAUCCAAAGCGAUUACUUCAAAGGGGGUGUCGUCGGAGGUGAAAUCUGAAAUUGCAGCCAUUGCUCCUAUUCCGUUUGUGGGGAACUUGGGCAAGUACUUGGGGUUUCCUCUUAAGGGAGGAAACCCUAGGAGUAGAGACUUUGAUUUUCUCUUGGAUAAUAUCCAAAAGAAAUUAGGAACCUGGCGGAGGAGCAUGCUGAACUUGGCUGGUCGAGUGUGCUUAGCCAAGGCAGUAAUUUCAUCAAUCCCAAUUUAUUCCAUGCAGGUUUUUAAACUUCCAUCCAGUGUUACCAACCGCAUCAACAAAAUCACAAGAUCGUUUAUUUGGAGCAAUGGUGGUGGAUCGAGAGCUUGGCAUCUGGUGGGAUGGGAGAAAAUUAUUAAGCCCAAGGAUUUUGGAGGCCUAGCGGUUCGUGAUAUGAGGCUAGCCAAUACAGCGAUGCUUGGCAAAGCUGUUUGGAGUGUUCUUCACAAACCGGAUAAGCUUUGGGUACAGGCCUUGACUCACAAGUAUUUGGCUAAUAAUUCUGUUUUGCAGGUAGAAGCGAAACAAUCAGAUUCGCCUGUUUGGAAGGGUUUAUUAAAAGCCCGUGAUGAUCUUAAAAGUGGCUUCAAAUAUCGUCUCGGGAACGGAGCAACGUCCUUUUGGUAUGCAGAUUGGAGUGGUGGUGGAAAGUUAGCGGAUGCAAUUCCGUACGUGGAUAUCCAUGACAUGAACCUUUCACUGGCAGACAUGAUCACGGCAGAGAGUUGGGACCUCAGGAAAGCCUAUACGGAAAUUCCUGAGGAAUGGAUUCACAAACUCCAAUCGGUGUCACCCAAGCUUUUCCCAGACAGAACUUAUACCUGGAUUUGGGGGCACGAUGACAGAGGCUGCUACUCAGUAAAAAACGCUUAUGAUUGGCUGCUUUCCAUGCACCAAGCGCCGGUUGUGACAUCGAGUUAUUCAUGGCUGUGGCGUUUGAAAAUCCCCGAGAAGGUGCGGAUGUUUGUUUGGCUUGUACUACAGAAAUCAAUUCAAGUUAAUCAGUAUCGUUUCCAAUGUAACAUGGCAGAUUCCCCCAAUUGUGUUCGGUGUUCUGGAGCGGUAGAGGAUAUCUUGCACUGUCUUAGAGAUUGUCCCCAUUCCAGGGAAAUUUGGAUGAGGGUUGGAGCUUUGAGGUGGCCGGGUUUCUUGGUAGCAAAUUGUGGUGCUUGGGUUCAGCGGCAAGCACAGGGAAUCAAUGGGGUUAAAUUUGUAGCUUGCUUGUGGGGGAUAUGGAAGUGGAGGAACAAUAUGAUCUUUGAAUCUCAACAUUGGGAGAUCCAUGAAGCUUGGAGGAGACUUUGCCAUGACCAUGAUGAGAUGGUUCAGUUCAGGGCCCCUGCGAUGGAGGUAGAGGACGGAGUGUGGAUGGCAAGCCGUUGGUUGAAGCCACCAGCGGGCGCGGUGAACCUGUGUGUCGACGGCAGUUUCAGGCCUGAUGACGGAAGCAUGGGUGCUGGAGGGAUUGUGCGUGAUGAUCAGGGCAAGUGGGUUUUUGGAUUCCAUGCAUUUCAGGAGCAGGGAAACACGCUGAUGUCAGAGGCUUAUGCGCUGAAGCUAGGGUUGUUGUUGAUCUGGGACCGUGGAUUCCGUCGAGCAAUUUGCAACGUUGAUUGUGCAGAGCUUCUUCAGUCUUUGAGAGAUGAGGAGAGUAGGCACUUCCUCUCUAUUCUGGAGGAAAUCUCAGGCCUCCUGAGUCGUAACUGGGACAUUUCGCUUGCUCGUAUUGAUAGAGAUUACAAUCGUCCAGCGGAUUGGCUAGCUAGGAAGGGAGUUUCCUCUCCAAGUUCACCGCUCAACGUGUUGAUCAAUCCCCCAGGGGAGCUGGAGAUCCUCAUCAUGGAGGAUCGUUUAGGUGUUCCUUAG